AUCAAGAGAUGAGAAUUGGUAGAAAUCGAACCUGCAUCUAAAAGUAUAAACAUAAUUAUUUUUCCCCGAAGAUCCAUGUGCAAAGUUAUUUUGGGUAAACAAAAAGUUAAGAAAAAAUUAGGGGAAUAUUUUGAAAGCUGGCGGCUACACCACCUACACUGGUUUUUUAAUGCGAAGCGGAGCCCAGCUCUCUCAGACCCAGAUUCUGUGUCUGACUUCUCCUUUGCUUCGCGGGAUUUUUCAAACCUGCAAAACAGGCAAUGCUUUCGCCGACUUUCUUGCCGCCACGUAUUGGUAUCAGCCUUUAUCAAACACCUUCUCUGCUCUCCAUUCGACCGCCAAAACACACAAAGCAUUCGAAUUCAAAGCCUAAUUAUCUCAAAACCUCAUCAAAUUUUCGCUGUUUUUCUUGUGAAACUUCAUCUUCUGCGUCAGAUUUUCAGAAUUCGAACUCCCACGAAAACCCAGAGGCUGAAUUUUCGGGUACUCAAUCGCUGAGCCAAAGCUUACGGCCCUACUUGCUUGCUCUUUGGCUUCGGUCAUGUCGCGGUCUGAAAGAAGUGAGGAGAUUGCAUGCGAUUGUUUUGAGGUGUUUGGCGAACCCGGUUACGUAUGUUUUCAACAAUUUGAUGUGUGCGUAUUUGGUUUUUGGGAAGUUGGGGGACGCCCGGAAGGUGUUUGAUGAAAUGACUGUGAGAAAUGUGGUUUCUUGGACUGCCAUUAUUAAUGGGUACUUGAACUUUGGUUUUGACGAUGAGGCUUUGGGGUUGUUUGGGGAAGCUAUCAAUGAUGGGGUUGUGCCGAAUGGUAAGAUGUUCGUGUGCUUGUUAAAUUUAUGUAGUGAGAGAGGGGAUUAUGAGCUUGGGAAGCAAAUUCAUGGUGGUGUUUUGAAAGGGGGUUGGAGCAACUUGAUUGUUGACAGCGCCGUUGUUAAAUUAUAUGCGCAGUGCGGAGAGCUAGUGAGUGCUUUCUGCGCAUUUGAUCAGAUGCCGAAGUGGGAUGUUGUUUGCUGGACAACUAUGAUCACUGCAUGUUCGCAACAAGGGCAUGGACAGGAGGCUUUUUCGCUGUUCUCGCAGAUGUUGAGUGAUGGGUUUUCUCCGAAUGAGUUUACAGUGUGUGGUGUUCUCAAGGCUUGUGGGGAAGAGAAGGAAUUAGGAUUUGGGAGACAGUUGCAUGGUGCCAUAGUUAAGAAGAUUUACAAGAAUGAUAUUUUCAUAGACACUUCUCUAGUUGAUAUGUAUGCAAAAUGUGGGGAGAUGGUACACUCGAGAAACGUAUUUGAUGGAAUGAGAAACCGAAACACAGUUACAUGGACAUCUAUUAUAGCGGGGUAUGCGCGGAAGGGCCUCAGUGAGGAGGCCAUAUAUCUCUUUCAAGUAAUGAAGAGGCGGAACAUAUUGGUCAACAACUUGACCAUUGUAAGCAUCCUCAGAGCUUGUGGUGGGAUGAGGAAUUCGGUGAUGGGGAGAGAAGUUCAUGCACAGAUAGUCAAGAACUCGGUCGAAAGACUCAAAACCAAUUUACACCUAGGAAGUACUCUAGUGUGGUUCUACUGUAGGUGUGGAGAGUACUCCAAUGCCACAAGGGUCCUCCAACAAAUGCCUUUACGAGAUGUUGUCUCAUGGACUGCAAUCAUUUCUGGUUGUACACAACUUGGUCAUGAGGCUGAAGCUCUGGAAUUCUUGAAAGAAAUGAUGGAGGACGGGGUGGAGCCCAACGCGUUUACUUAUUCAUCCGCUUUGAAAGCAUGUGCUAAGCUGGAAACUGUUCUGCAUGGGAAAUUGAUUCACUCCUCUGCAAACAAAAGUCCUGCCAUGUCUAAUGUGUUUGUAGGUAGCGCUCUGAUUUAUAUGUAUGCAAAAUGUGGGUACGUAACAGAGGCAUUUGAAGUUUUUGACAGCAUGCCAGAACGUAAUUUGGUUUCUUGGAAGGCUAUGAUAGUGGGUUAUGCAACAAAUGGUCUCUGCCAAGAGGCUAUGAAGCUCAUGUACCGUAUGCGAGCAGAAGGUUUUGAGGUGGAUGAUUACAUCCUUUCCACUGUUCUUACUGCAUGUGGAGAUCUUGGAUGGGAGAUAGAUCCUUCUUUGGAGUGUAGCCUACGGUCUAGUUGAUCCUGUCGCCUGAUAAGAACUUCAGGUUAAGCUUGAAUUGUGUCUAAGAUGCCCUGCCCGGAUCAGAUAUAUAAAACUGAAUUGACGGGAGGAAGAGGAAGCCAAUG